AUGGUGGAACAUACCAACUCGCAGAAGACACCAAAUGCGCGUGUUCUAAAUAAGUCGACCUCAAGCACCCAAAAUAUGAAGAGCCAAAAGUCCAUCUUGGGUUUCUUCCAGAAAUCCUCACCUGUAACGGUGGCCGCGUCUCCUGCUUACCGUAACAAUACUACCCAGGAUCUUGUGUCUUCCCCUUCCCAGAGAGCAGCUUCAGGGCAAAAAAAUCACAUCAAUUCGAGAUCGAAUUUCGGGACUGCCAUUUCGAAAUCCCUGAAGAUCGGAGAGGAUAAAAAUGUUGCUGGCGGUGGACAGAAUCAUACCCCUGUUCCAAGUAGUGAUGAUGUGGGGUAUGAUGAGGAUGAUUCCAAGAUGGAUGAUUCUGCAGCGGUGGUAGAGGGUGAGGAGGCUAAGGAAAUUGAUGCGAGUUCGGUUGAUAGCGGCUGUUUCCCGUCCUCCACUGCAACCACAAACGAAGUCGAUGGCGUACUGAUUGAGAAUGGAGUGCCUGAUCGAAGCUCGGUCACACCAGCACGACGGGCGAAAAAAUCUGUCAAAAGCUAUCUAGAGUCAGAUGACGAGGAUGUCAUCCCAGCGAGUAGAAAAUUCGGCGCAGGGGGGACCGCGAAAAGGAGGAAAACCGUUGCUUGUUCGGCUGAUGAGGAUGAAUUCAAUGAUAACGAUGGGUUUUCCGAUGACGACCUAGAUGACUUUAUUGUCCCAGAUGAUUCUGAGGAUGAGGUGAAGCCAUCCAAAAAGCGCAAGCGGCCCUCCAGUGCUUCUAUCAAAGUAUCGCCUUCGAAAUCACCUCCCGUUCAAAAUGAGGGAAUACAAAGGGAGAAUAAAAAAGCGAAGGCCCAUAUGAGUGAACCGGAGCACCGUUACCCGUGGCUUGCUAAUAUUACGGAUAUUGACCGAAACCCACCUGGACACCCUGACUACGAUCCGCGGACCAUUUAUAUUCCUCCUCUAGCAUGGACUAAAUUCUCACCGUUUGAGAAACAAUACUGGGAAAUUAAACAGAAAUUUUGGGAUACGGUCGUCUUUUUCAAGAAGGGCAAAUUUUAUGAACUCUACGAAAAUGACGCUACUAUCGGCCAUCAACUCUUCGACCUCAAACUUACAGAUCGUGUGAACAUGCGCAUGGUUGGCGUCCCGGAAAUGAGCUUAGACCAUUGGGCGAAUCAGUUUGUGGCUAAAGGUUUCAAGAUCGCGAGGGUGGAUCAAAGCGAAUCUGCUCUCGGUAAGGAAAUGCGAGAGAAACAGGGUAAGACGGGUGGCAGCGUCGGGAAACAAGAAAAAAUCAUCAGGCGUGAAUUGGCCUGUGUCCUUACUUCUGGCACUCUUGUGGAUGGCGGAAUGCUUCAAGAUGACAUGUCAACGUAUUGUGUGGCCAUUAAGGAGGCACUAGUCAAUGACCUACCAGUAUUUGGACUCGCUUUCGUCGACACUGCGACAGGCCAGUUCUAUUUGGCAGAAUUUAUCGAUGAUGUCGAUAUGACCAAAUUUGAGACCUUCGUUGCCCAAACGCGCCCACAGGAGUUACUUCUCGAGAAGUCUGUCAUGUCCACCAAAGCUUUGCGGAUUCUGAAAAAUAACACUAUCCCCACCACCCUCUGGAACUAUUUGAAACCUGGAAAAGAGUUCUGGGAAGCAGAUAUUACUGUGCGGGAGCUCGAUGCCAGUAAUUAUUUUGUCUCACUAGAUGGGGAUAACCUCUUGGCCUGGCCACAAGUCCUACGAGAAGCAAGGGACAAGGAAUUUGCCAUGUCAGCAUUUGGAGCGCUAGUACAGUACUUGAGGAUGCUCAAAAUUGAACGAGAUUUGAUCACAAUUGGAAACUUCACGUGGUACGAUCCGAUCAGAAAGGCCACCAGUCUCGUGCUUGAUGGCCAAACCCUUAUCAACCUUGAGGUGUUCGCCAACUCGUUCGAUGGGGGCCAGGAGGGCACCCUCUUCCAACUGCUCAACCGAUGCGUAACACCAUUCGGCAAAAGGAUGUUUAAGCAAUGGGUCUGUCACCCCUUAGUGGAUGCUAAGAAAAUAAAUGCACGCCUCGAUGCUGUUGAUGCUUUAAACGCAGACAACGCCAUCCGUAACCAAUUUUCUUCUCAGCUAACAAAAAUGCCUGACCUUGAGAGACUUAUUUUCUCGUGUUCAUGCUGGAAGCUGCAAAGCUCAGGAUUUCCUCCGUGUGCUUGA